GACCACCAGUAAAGUCAUGUUCGCCUGGGAUUGAGACUACUCACAAGUUUUGCAAGAUAACUGACACCACCAGGAUGAGUGGAGGUGGAUUUACCUUUGGGUCUCAAAAUCCUGCGGGAUCUGUAUUUAGUUUUGGUCAGUCCCAGACAACGACCACUAAUGCCAACAAAGGGUUUUUGUCAACUCCAGCCACAACUUCAGCUGGUGGUGGGUAUAGCUUUGGCUCACUUGGAGCGCCAUCUGCUGCAGUUGCUACAACAACUGGUGGAUUUUCUUUUGGAUCAACUUCAACUCCCUUAACAAGUCAGACAACCACAGCACCAGCCUUAGGUGGAUUUUCUUUUGGUACAGCUCCUACAGCAACAUCUGCAAGUGGAGGUGGGUUUUCCUUUGGUACUCCAUCCACAGCCCCUUUAACAGCCCAGACAACUACAGCUCCUGCAAUUGGUGGAUUUUCUUUUGGAACGACACCUACUAGUGUUACCAGCACUACACCACAGACAACAGCAGCCCCGUUGUCUAAUUCAGGUGGCCUUGGUGGUGUUGGCACAGGAUUAGGUGGUGCUCAGCCACCAUCUGCUAAUGCAGGUACUAACAGCACAGGUGCUAAGACUGAUGGAAAAUCAGCAAAGAAACAGCAGAUGCCACAAGAUCUCUUCAGUACGAUAGCACUUUUUGAGACAUGGAGAAAUGCAGAAAAUUCUGCUUCAGAGGAAAACAUUCGUCUAAAAGCAGAUCCUUUCCAUAAAGUUGGAAAAAAGGCAGAGGAAAUUCAAAAACUUUUGGCAGAGUUGGCUAGUGAUUAUCUUCAACUGCAUGCUACUGCUGUUAAUCUAAAGGCAGAAGUAAUGAAGGAAGCAGAACAUGUAGAAAUGGCAAGAAGAACAAAGGAUACUCCAAUGGCCUUACAAGGGGAAAAUAAAUCUCCUGAAGUAUAUUUUAUUAAUCUAGUAAGAUCUUUUGAGGCUCAGAUGAUAUAUUGUCGCAACAAAAUUGAUGAGGUUUCUCUCUGCAUGCAAGCUGCCAACAAUCCAUGUGAAACUCCUGAUGACAUUGCAGAGGUGCUCCAGAGAGAACAUGAAGCUUUAAAAGAACUAGCUGCAAAGGUUUAUGCCAAACAUGCACAGCUUGUUGACCUGAGUCAGCGGCUCAAUACUAAGACUGUUCCUAAUGAACAAGCUUUCUUCCGUGAGCAGAGUAAAAAGUCCUCUGAAAAACCUGCCUCUGCAGUUGUCCGACCUGCGUUGGGAGGAAGCAGCAGUGGAUUGCAGGCAUUCCAGGAGCAGCAACAGAGAGCUAAAGCAGUUACACUUGGUGCUGCCCCACCUACUAUGCCUCUUGCACAAACAAGCAUGCCAUCUCUGUUUGGGAGUAACACUGGCUCCAGUAUGUUUAAUAGUGGAUCGUCAUUUGGCUCAAAUACAUUUAGUAUAGGAAAUGCAGCUGGCAGCUCAUCAUUUGGCUCCAAGUCUUUGUUUGGAAAUACAUCAUCCACACUUGGAAGUGGACUAGGUUUUGGCAUGAAUACAACUGGCAUCCAGCAGACUACCAGUCCUUUCUCUAUGAACUCCACUUUUAAUACCAAACCAUUUGAGGAAGACCCAGAUGGAAGGCGUAAGAGGCGUUUGUAGUAUGUAACAAAGUGAACUUAUUGAUGUAUUGUGGAUUUCUUAUUUUUAAAAUAUAUAUUAUUGCCAGAUUGAAGAGCAGUUUUUAUAUGAAAGAAGAUUGCAGCAUUGUGAGUGGAAUAUUGAUGUAUGAAGUUUUCAGUAGCAUUUUAUACUUGCACAAGUGCAGAAUAAACCAGUAUGAUUCAG